AUGGUUUUUCCAUUCUGCACCAAGUCCCAGAAGGGCAUGUUGGGGUUUACUGGAGAGGAGUUUUCAGGUUUUCAUCUGAAGCUGCCUUUUAUAACCCGUUAUGAGCCUGUUCAAGUAACCCUUCAGACCGAUCAGGUGAGUGAUAUUCCUUGUGGUACAAAAGGAGGUGUAAUGAUCAACUUUGAGAAGAUAGAGGUUGUUAACCGGCUUCACAAGGACUAUGUGCAUGACACUUUGCUGAAAUAUGGGGAGCAGUAUGACAAGAUAUGGAUAUAUGACAAAAUUCAUCAUGAGAUCAAUCAGUUCUGCAACUCUCAUUCUCUUCAGCAAGUCUACAUUGAUGUUUUCGAUCAAAUUGAAGAAAAGAUGAAAGAUGCUCUCCAGGGUGACUGCAGAUGUAAUGCUCCAGGUAUUGAAAUCAUCAGUGUUCACGUUACAAAGCCAACCAUCCCAGAAAGCAUAAGACGCAAUUUUGAGCACUUGGAUGAGGAACGCACUAAGGUUCAGUUUCUUUUUCCUGAAUAUGAGAGAAGGUCCUUUUACUUUUAUAUUCCCCUGUUAGUCCAAAUUGCUAUUGAGAAACAGAGAGUGGUUGAGAAAGAGGCAGAGACGAAUAAAAAAAAGGCUAUCAGUGAAGCUGAGAAUAGUGCAAAUGUGGGAAAAUUCCUUAUGGAACAAAAGUUGAUGGAAAAGGAUAGUGCUAGGAAGCAGCAAGAAAUUGAGAACUAG